CUCAUGUUUAACAAUAUUGUCCAAGGUGGCUGCACAAAAAUACCAGGUUGGCCCGAUCCUAAUCCCUGGCCUAUACCAAUACCUGGGCCAAGUGGGCCGCCACCACCACCACCAUCGCCAAGUUAUCCCACAUGUAGGCCUACACCACAGGUUGAUAUCCCAUUUCCACCAUGCACCAUAUUCGGCAAACUACCUGACCCCUGGCCCAUAAGCUCCAUAAAACCGGCGCUAUACAUGCGAAACCGUGACAUGCUCACCAAGAUCAAUUACACAGACACUCCCACCUACAUGGCCGACCUCUUGGAACUCCACUCUCUACUAACCGAUCAAAUCAUAUUCAUAUCGCCCGGGUUUUGA